AUGUUACCCGGUAAUAUUCGAGAAGAUCUUCAUCCGAACUGUCGAACAAGUCGUAGUGUACCUCAUUUAACACCAUCAUUUUCAAUGAAAGAUACAAUAACAACCCCUCUAACCUCAUCAUCAACAAGUACUCGAACUUCAAUUGGACCACAACAAACAAUGAUGAAUUAUGCUCGCAUGUCAUAUCGUUACACGACUGUUACAUUACUUUCUAUGCAUCCACAACCGGAUAUAACUAUUUUUCCUGAUCAUCUUGUUGAACGACGUUUUCUCAAUGAUGAAAAUUAUAUUGAUCUUGAACGAAUGUUAGCUGAAAAAGGUGGUAAUUUUCGAUUGGAGUCAUAUUGUAUACGUGAUGUAAAAAAUCGUCGUCCAAAAGAUCCAUUAACACCUCAUCAAGUAGCUGCAUUAACAUCAGUUUUAACACAUCAUCAAUCAUCAACAUUUCCCACACCAUUAUCGUCACCUCAUCAAAUUCAAUCAUCACAUGUUUUGGUUGAUGAUUAUAGUCAUCGACAAGCACAAUUUGAAGGUAAUAAGCAUCGAUGUCAUAUACCAACACAAUCAUCAAUGCCUUAUCAAAGACAAAAACCAAAUCAAUAUGAAAUAUAUACAAAUCAAGUUAAAUCUCUUUUAUCUAAUCAUCGAUCGAAUGUUGAACAAAAUACAAAUACUGUUCCUAUUUUACAAUGUUUAUUUCAAGCUCAACACCGCCAACAAAAUGAACAACGUAAAAUUGAUAUUAGAAAUCAACAAUCACCAUCAUAUGUUAAUACUCCGAUGUCAACAUCAGAACAUUAUCAAAAAGGUUUAUCUACAUUUUGUACACCAGUAUCACCAGAACAAUCAAAUUCAUAUAAUACAUUUGCAUGGCCAUUUUCUAUGGGUCAAAAUGAAAAACCUGUAACACAUCCAUUGCAUAUACCUAUGUCAACUCAGACUACUGUCAAAAAAAAUCAAAUAUUUGGUGUAUCUACAGAUUUAAAACAAUUAGAAAUUUUCAAUGACAGUCGUUUUGUAGUUGCCCAACCUGCUUCUCGAUUAACAUCAUCAAGAUUAUCAUCUACUUAA